AUGUCCAAGGCUUUCGUUCAGCGUCCGGCCCCGGCCUUCAAGGCCAUGACCGUCUUUGCCAACGGCGAGUUCAAGGAGAUUGAGCUGUCCGACUACCUCGGUCAAUGGGUCGUCCUCCUGUUCUACCCUAUGGACUUCACCUUUGUGUGCCCGACCGAGAUUAUCCAGUACAACGACGCCCUGGCACGCUUCCGCGCCAUCAACACCAGCGUUCUCGCCCUCUCGACCGAUAGCCACUACUCGCACCUGGCAUGGCAGACGCAGCCGCGCAAGCAGGGCGGUCUGGGCCCGGACCUGCAGCUGCCCCUGGUGGCGGACCGCUCGCAGAAGAUCUCCCGCGACUACGGUGUGCUGCUCGAGGACGAGGGCGUCGCCCUGCGCGGCCUCUUCAUCAUCGACCCCAAGGGUGUCCUGCGCCAAAUCACCGUUAACGACCUGCCUGUCGGCCGCAACGUCGAGGAGACCAUCCGUCUCGUCGAGGCCUUCCAGUUCACCGACGAGCACGGCGAGGUUUGCCCUGCCGGCUGGAUGAAGGGCGCCAAGACCAUGAAGGCCGACCCCAAGGGCAGCCUCGAGUACUUUGGCAGCGUUGGGGAGCAGGGCGCCAACGGCCACGCCAAUGGCCAUGCCAACGGUAACGGAGUCAAGAGGGCUCGCGUUGAGUAA